GCAAGAGAGGGAAGAGAAAUCUCCCCUCUCCGUUCGGUAUUUGCGCAUGCGCAAUAUAAAGCGGACCUGAAGGGGAUCAUUUCCGGUGGCUGGAAAACAAGGAAAGCUGAGCAUCCGGAUGUCAGCGUUGGUAGUUGGAGGAGAUGGUGGUACCAACGCUGGAUAUGCCUGCUCAGCCUAUGGGGAUGGUUGCUGAUGUAGUCUUCGUCAUUGAGGGCACUGCCAACCUUGGGCCCUACUUUGAGUCCCUGCGGAAGCAUUACCUUCUACCUGCCAUUGAAUAUUUUAAUGGUGGUCCUCCAGCUGAAACAGACUUUGGAGGAGAUUAUGGUGGAACCCAGUACAGCCUAGUGGUGUUCAAUACAGUUGACUGCGCACCUGAGUCAUAUGUUCAGUGCCAUGCACCAACAAGCAGCGCUUAUGAAUUUGUUACAUGGCUUGACAGCAUCCAGUUUGUGGGAGGAGGCGGUGAGAGCUGCAGUCUCAUCUCAGAAGGGCUCAGCACUGCUCUGCAACUCUUUGAUGACUUCAAGAAGAUGAGAGAGCAAAUAGGACCGACUCAUAAAGUCUGCAUCCUUAUCUGUAACUCUCCUCCCUAUUUGCUCCCUGCAGUGGAGAGUACCACAUACUCUGGUUAUACAACAGAAAACCUGGUGCAGAAGAUUGGCGAGCGUGGGAUCCACUUUUCCAUAAUCUCCCCACGGAAACUGCCAGCUCUGCGAAUGCUCUUUGAGAAGGCUGUGACAGGGGGCAUGUUGGAUGUCCAGCUCAAAGACUACAGCCAGGACGCUCGGCACAUGAUCCUUAUCCGUGGCAUGGUCCUCCCAGUAGGAGGAGGAACCACUGCCAACCCUUUGCAGCCCAAACAGACUGUCCCCCAACCCCAGCUUCCCCCGGUGCCAGCACAGCUCCCUGCCGCCCCACCACAAACUAUGCCUGCAGUCUCUCAGCCGUACCAGGUGGCAGCGUCUUCAACACUAACUGCAGCCCAGGCAGCAGCUCAGUCUGCUGUAGAAGCCGCCAAGAACCAGAAAGCCCAGAGCACCCGUUUCACCCCCAUGAACCCCAUGCAGCCAGCCUUCAACCAAGCUCCCCCACAGACGCUCCAAGCGGGCUCGGUCCCAGCCAUGCCUCAAAAGCUCCCUGUGUCUUCUCCAUCCAGCCUGGUCUCCACAGUCACCACAGGCUCCGGCCUUCUCGUCCAGCCACCCGUACAAGCCCCUCCACAGUCUGGUGCUUCAACUAUGCCCAGCGUUGUUCCACCUAUGACGGUGAGUCAGCCCUCACAGCCACAGAUAGGCGCAGCACAGCAGUCAGUCACCAACAAGGUGAUGGCAUGGAGCGGUGUGCUGGAAUGGCAGGAGAAGCCCAAGCCAGCUUCUGUGGAUUCCAACACCAAACUUACUCGUUCCCUGCCCUGCCAAGUGUACGUCAAUCAAGGAGAAAACUUGAAGGCGGAGCAGUGGCCCCAGAAGCUCAUUAUGCAGCUGAUCCCACAGCAGCUCUUGACAACGCUGGGCCAUCUGUUCCGAAACUCACGCAUGGUUCAAUUUCACUUCACCAACAAGGACCUGGAAUCACUGAAGGGACUCUACCGCAUCAUGGGCAAUGGAUUUCAGGCGGGCUGCGUUCACUUUCCUCACACUACGCCCUGUGAGGUGCGGGUGCUGAUGCUGCUGUAUUCUUCAAAGAAGAAAAUCUUCAUGGGGCUCAUUCCUUAUGACCAGAGUGGCUUCGUCAAUGGCAUCCGGCAGGUCAUCACCAAUCACAAGCAAGUUCAGCAACAAAAGCAGAUGGGGGGCUCUCAGCCUUUGGGGUCAACACCCAAUACCCAACCUUUCCUGACAAAACAGCCUGUCACUUUACCAGUGACACAGGGAGUCCAGCAGCAGAUGGGAGGACAGCAGGUGAGCCCUGGUAUGCCUCAGGUAGGGAUUAUGGAAGAACAGCAGCGGCAGCAAGGCCUGUUACAGCUCAGAGUUCAGCAACCUCAGCCCACUGCUCCUUCCACCAGCCAGCCCCCGCAAGCUCAAGUCCCCCCACAAGCUGGGCCGCAGGCUACCCAAGGAGGUGCUAUGCUCAGACCCCAAAACCCGGGCGCCAAUCCUCAACUCCGAAGCCUCCUCCUUAGCCAGCAGCCGCCCCAACCUGGAGUUCCUCAGUCCCAGCAGCCCCUCCACCACCUCCAACAGGGUUCUCCGGGAAUGUUACCACACCAAAACAUGGGGCAGGCUCUAGGGCAUCAGCCUCCAGGACAGCAGCAGCUCCAACUCCCUGGACAGCCCCUCAUGCACCAAGCCCCUGGGCAACAGUGGCCAGGACAGAUGGCACCACGGGCACCUUUGCAAGGUCAGAUGCUGAUGAAUCCAGGUCCCCGGGGCCCUGUACCGCAGCCAGGCCUGCAGCAAGUCCCAGCCCCCAGCAUCAUGGAGGACGACAUUCUCAGAGACCUCAUCUGAAGGUGGACAAGGUCCCUGUUCCAGUGCCGUUUACUGCUGAGAUGCUUCUCUUCUGGAGAAUGUUACUGAUUUGUUCUGUGUUGUGUGUAAUAUAUUUUCGCUCUUGUUAAAAAAUUAUCAUCCACA